GACUACCGGAUUGGGGGCGUUCCCAUUCCUGUCUCCACCCACUGCACCGUGGUCUUGACAACAGUGUCAACUCUCUUCUCCAGAAGAGUUAGCGCUAAUGAUUAUGAAGGUGACUGAGCCGCUAAGACUAGGUGUAAAAAGGCCGAUUUGCUGAAGUUACUGUAGCGGUAGAAAUUAGAAAGGAGUUAUGAGUGCACACAAUGAGGCCAAGGUGUACAUCCGUAUCAGACCCACAGCCCAGUUUGCCCAAGAGCUCAUCGAGUACUUACCUGAUGAACAGAUGGUGAACGUGCGGCUGAGGAAGAAAUCCAGGAAAGGUGUGUUGAAUAAUCUGAUGAGCUCGUGGUCUUUCCGGCUCAGCGGGGUGCUGCACAACGUAUCACAGGAAGAAGUCUAUCAACGGGUCGCACAAAGUGUGGUGCAUGGAGCUCUGGAGGGUUACAAUGGCACGGUUAUGUGCUUUGGGCAGACUGGGGCUGGAAAGACCUUCACGAUGACCGGUGCCAAUGAGAAUUACGAACAGCGAGGCGUCAUCCCUCGUGCCAUACAGGAGGUGUUUCAGGAGAUCGACAGUCGUGUAGAUCACACCUUCUCUGUGCACCUCUCCUUUCUGGAGAUUUACAAUGAGACUUUGGUGGACCUGCUGGCUGCAGUGAAAGGGGGACAGACAAAGCACUGCAGACCUUUGUCUGUGGUGGACGACCCAGAGGGCGGGGUUUCAGUAAAAGGACUGUCCUUACAUCCAGUUCACAGGGAAGAGGAGGCACUAAACUUAUUAUUUGAGGGAGAGAUGAAUAAAAUAAUAGGAGAGCAUGCCUUCAACAAGAACUCAUCCCGGUCACAUUGUAUCUUUACUCUCCACAUUGAGUCUCGCUCUCGUACACUGUCAAAUGCGACAUACGUCACUUCCAAACUCAAUCUAGUGGACCUUGCAGGUUCUGAGAGACUGAGCAAAACUGGGUCUGAGGGUCGGGUCCAGAGAGAGGCUCUGUACAUAAAUAGAUCUCUGUCCUUCCUCGAGCAGGCCAUCUUGGCCUUGGCUGACCAACGCAGAGAGCAUGUGCCCUUCAGACAAAGCAAGCUAACACAUGCUCUGAAAGACUCUCUCGGUGGAAACUGUAACACGGUGCUGGUGGCUAAUAUUUACGGCGAGGCAGCACAGAUUGAAGAGACGCUCUCCACUCUCCGCUUUGCAGCCAGGAUGAAGUGUGUGUGCACCGAGCCAACCAUCAACAAGCACAUCAACCCUGCUCUCCAGGUCCAAAUACUGCAAAAGGAAAUCCAACUUCUGAAGCAGGAGCUUUCCUUUCACAACACACUGGCCAAUCGGGCUGCUGUGACAUAUGAGGACCUGUCAGAGGCACAGGAAGCGCUGGUUAAAAGUGAAGUUCAGAGAUAUCUGGCCGGCACACUGGAUGAAAUCACGAUUGUGAGCGUUCGACAAAUUCAGGCUGUGUUUGCCCAGUUUAAAAAAGCUUUCCAGGAGCAGGAACAACGGCUUAAAGAGCAGAUGAAGCAGAAUUGCAUUGCGGUGGAGGAUUCUCAGAGCACGUUGCCCACUGAUGCUAAAGAGCCUAUAGAAGAGGCUUUGAGGGUGCCUGCAUCAUCACAAAUACAGUCUGUGUCACCUGGCCGAGGCAAAGGCAAGAAAGUCAAAGAGAGCAGCAGAAAAAAUGGACAAGGCUCGGGUGAGCAUCUCCUCGUGACGCAGAGCGAGAUGGAGAUCGUCGUUCCUCCUACUGUAGAUGAGAGCAAGGAGAGUGCCAAUGAUGAUGCAAAGAAGAGAUGCGACACUCCUCCAUCUAAGGCGGAAGCAUUUGAGGUCUACAAGUCAGACAGGGGCAGUGAGAUCUACCACAUCCUGAAGGAAAACAAAUCUGUGCUGAAAGAACGUCUGGCUCAACUGCACAACAUUACAGCAAUCAUCAACUCCAUUAAACGAGACAUCGACCGCAUGAGCUCUGAACUCCAGCUGUGUAGAGAACAGAGACAGAGUCAGGGCCAGUUGGUGAGUGCAGAUGGGGAGCUCGUGCUGGACGAGGCUGAGGUAAAUCUGCUCCUAAAAUUCAGAGAGGCCAAGGAUCAGUACAGACAGCACCAUCAAGAACUGCUCAGCACCAAAGCAGAGGCGCAAUACUGCAGACGUCUUGUGGACCAGUGCCGCAUUCGCCUGUUUACUGGGUUCGAGAGCUGGUACAAUGAAUCCUUCCUGCUUCCAGACGAGGUUCUAUCCAUCUUCAAAGAUGGGGGACCUAUUAGACCAGGUCUGAUUCCUGUGGACAAAGCUUCAGCUUUGGUAGGAGAUGAGCAGGAGCACUCUGAACAUACCAGGUUGCAUGCAGACAGUCCCAGUGCCACAUCCUUUUAUAAUGCUUAUAAUAGGACAGUACAGAGGCGAGCAUCCCAAGCUCCGGUUUCCAGGAGGAACAGCAUGGGACUAGACACAAACAAGCCCAACCCACUUACAACUGUCACCCGAACAGGGCACUAACAUAACCACUGCAUCAAUCCCUGCUUACUUCCUCUUCUUUCGUACGGUACGAAAGGGAGGUUUGUAACUAUAAUUACCAAGGACGUCAAGAUGGUGCUGAACUGAAGGAUAUUACAGGCUUUUAAAUCAAUAAAAGCUGUGCAAGUUAUGAGAAAUACUUGUCACUUAAUAUUCAUUGUAAUGUAAUGCCAGU